AUGUCCACGAACCUAACGCAGUUCAUCUGGGGAACUGUACCGGAGGUGCACACCUGCACAACGCAGGUCCUGACAUGGUCCUAUCAGGGUUCCGGGUCAGCACAGCUCAACAUAUACGUCACGGACGUUGGUGUUGGACAGCAAGCACCACCCGAGAGUUCUAGUGCAUCUCAGAUCGGGUCAUCGACAACGCUUGCCUCCGGCGUAUCCCCAGAACCCUCCUCGUCCGCCUCAAUUACUACGCCGGCUACCUCGACCGCAUCGGCCACCUAUAUCCCGACUACGCUACCAGGCGAGAUGCAUACGGUUCCCGUGGAGCAGCGCGCCUGGUCUGCGCGCGGGAUGUAUCGCCGCCAGGGAUACGACGGAUCUUGGCUGCCGCGCGUUGACCUGGAACUCGCAAGAGACCUCGAUCCUACCUCCUUGAAGUGGACGUGGCAGUCGGUUAAUGUCACCCAAGGUUGGUAUGCCCUAGUCGCCGAUAUCUCUUCGAAUUCGAGCCAACAGACGUCAUCUCCGUUUUUCGUGUCGAACGGGUCCACUUCCUGCUUCGCCGAUAUCAUUCCUUCCAGUUCUUUGGCCGCGCAUCCACGCACUCGUGAGGCAGCUAUUGUAGGAGGCGCAGUGGGCGGGGCUACCCUGGCUAUUGGAGUACUUGCGGCAAUCAUAGUGAUGCGCCGUCGCAGAAGACGCUCGUCCGCCUCCCCUGCCAUUGUCAACGACGCGGCCACGCUCACGAAUCUCCCCGACCCCUACGAUGCCACCAACGAACAGUAUCCAAGCCACAGACGCACGACCUUCCUACCGCUUGCUGGCCAUCCUAGUCAAUACGUGACGAAAGAGCAGCGCCAGCCCCUACGUUAUGGUCCUAGGACGGAAGAGGCUCCUCGCCAGGUAGGUGAGGCGUCGGCCGUAGAGAGAGGAGCACUUCGGGUACAGGAUGAAGUGGAGACAGUUCAGGAGUCGACGGAGAUGGUUUCAGUCAGUGUUAGGGCCCUGCACAGGCUGCUUGGUCGGCUUGGAGGGGCAUGGUCGGACUUGCAUGCCGAAGGCUCUGACGACGCGGAUUCAAGCGUGGCACCACCCGAGUACGAAGAGGUCGUACGGUCACGAUGA